AUGAAUAACGAAGUUCCUAGUGUUGGUAAUUUAGUUUUGGUAUCUUCCAGUGACAUUCCUAGAACCCGGCGCUUUCGGAAGAAAAAUUGGAAAUGCACAUACCCUCAUUGCACAGAUCCUCCAAAAACGAAAUACAACGUAACCAGCCACAUAUGGGACAGUCAUUUAAGAACAGAAAUUGGGAAACCGGGGAAUAAUCCCCACAACUUAGUUUUGACAACUUUCAAAGAUUCGCCCCAAAAAGAAAUAAUAAAACAAUUAUGUGAGCCGUACAUGGUGAAAUUGGUCGACAAAAUCACUCCAAAAACGAAACCCAAACCCGACAAUUUUCCAUUUGCUUUUGAGCAAAACACGUCCGACCAAAAUUCCGACAUUAAUCACAUUCACACCAAUUCCUCUUCAAAUAGUGUUAUUGGCUUUGACCACUCCAAUGAGAUGAAUAAUGAAUAUGCCAUUCAAAUGGAACCACAAAUUCCCCCAAAUUCGCCUCUCGACCGCCCAAAAUGUCCACAACACACACAAAUCACGCGAAUGCAACAAAACGUACAACAGCAGAUGCAACAGAAUUUCGAAAACGCAACACGACAAAAUGUUCUUCCACAACCGCCUCACCCAAUCCCAGAAGUCGAAAUGUCACAACAACAAACGGGCCACUACUCCUUCGAGGAUUUCGUUAAGAUCGAAAAGAUCAAUGAAAAUUUGCGACAGUUACACGUCUUAGGAGAGGUCUUUGCUGAAAAUGGAUUUCUAGUCCGGUCGGACGCCCGUGCCAAAACUGAUAUCGAAGAGAUUCAUUCUGCAUUGAGUGGAGUAUUAUCCCUUGACGGGGUGUCGUACGCGUACAAGAACAAUCCGACCGACAAAAAAUAUGGGUUCGUAGCGCAAGAAAUCGAGUCGAUCUAUCCCGACUUGGUCAAACGGGAUCGCGAUGGGAAUAUGAGUGUCGACUACAUUGGGGUCAUCCCCAUCUUAGUAGAAGCUUUAAAAGAGAUCAAUCGGAAUGCAGAAGGGAUGAAAAACGAUCAAGAGUUGACUGGUGUAUCUCUUCGUGUUGACAGUGCUAUUAACAGACUCGAGAAAUUACUCUUUGAAGCAGAUUGUAAGAACUUGCAAAAGGAGGAAAGCUCUAAAUUCGAGCAAUGGAAGUCUAAGACUAUGCACAUCUUCGGACCCGUCUCAUUCUUGAUAUUCGCAUGUUUGUUCAGCUCCAUCUUGUCGAUCAUCUUGCCAAUAGUCUUUCCGUCAAUGUACUUCUUGAUGUGUGCGUCUGUCGUCCUCUCCGUGACGCUUUGGAUCUUCGUCUUCAUUAACAGGAAGGAGGCAGUCAAAUUUUUGAUGUCAAAAAGAGCGUUUUUCCCACUCAAACAGAACAGAAACUUUAAAUGGACGAUGUCACAGUACAUCACGUGGUACAUCACAUUUUCGUUGUUUUUCACAAUGGUCAUCUUUUCAAUACUUAUUGGAAGUAACGUCUUUCUUGCAUUUGUUGUGUAUAUAAUUGCUGCAAUGGCGGUGCUUGUUGUGUGCUAUUUUGUUAACAAAGGGGGGUCGAGGUUUGGGAUCCCCUAUCAAUACUCAUUAAUUGUUCUCUUAGUGUUCCAAGCAUGUGCCAUAGGAAGUCUUGUGUUGUGUACUAUCUACCAACGCAAAAAGGAUUUUGGUGAUGAGUCGAAGUACGUCAUCCACAUAACAGAGAACGUAGAAGUCACACAAGUCGAAAUGCCAAAGGUGUCGUGGAACUGUUUUAGUCCUUCUAUAACAACGGAACCAGAUCUCCCCGCUGGACUUCAUUUUGAGACGUCACAAAGACUCUUUUCUUUACCCGUCCCCGUGUUAGCUGGAAAGCCGACUGGGGGGUUUAGUGAUUCGGAAGUAAAAGUGUCCUUGGAAUGCAAUGGGAUUGUAUUACUUGAUUUUCCUACACUGUAUUUUAAGAGUUGUGCAUUGAACUCUGAUCCUGGCGUGUGUAGUUUGAACUCUUGUGGGUAUUGUAGAGCUUCGACACAACAACAAAGUUUUUGUGGAAUAUGUGGGAGUUAUUUUGACCAGCAAUGUAAAAAUGUGUCUGGGCUUGUUUCUAACUGUUGA